GUCUAUUUAAAAUAAAAAUACAUCAGAAAUCGAUACGAUUCGACGUUUUGUUAACAAAAAUAAAUAAGAAGAAGAAAUAUGGAAAUUCCUGGGGACAAGCUCAUUUUUUUAAACACUUCUCCAUUACAGGUGGAAGAACUACGCGUACCACCCCCAGAUUCUUUCGAGAGCUACUGGGCAGCAUGCAUCGCUGCAGAAGUUGCUGCGGCGGCUACUGCACGCCCUGCGGCCAAGCAAAGACCAAAGAAGUUUAGGUGUCCACAUUGCGAUGUCGCCUUCAGUAACAACGGCCAGCUCAAAGGGCACGUCAGGAUACACACAGGAGAGAGACCAUUCCGGUGCGAGGCCGAAGGAUGUGGGAAAAGUUUCACCCGAAACGAAGAACUGACCCGCCACAAACGCAUCCAUUCCGGUCUUCGACCCUUCCCUUGCGAGUCCUGCGGGAAGACCUUCGGGAGGAAAGACCAUCUGAAGAAGCACGCGAGGACGCACCUCCCUCAGACUGCCUACUACAUCCCUCCGCCUCUUAUCGUCUACCCAUACCUGUACGGAUACUAACAAUUGGAGGCAAUUUGAACUCCCAUCGGGGAAAAAAGAACGAUGGACUGAACACUUCAGUGCCUGAAGAAAAUAGUGUACAAAGAAGAAUCAUUAUACUAGUGCAACACCGUAUGUGCCAUAUAAAAAAGUGCCAAAAAUAGAAAUCUAG